GUCAUCGCAGGUGAAGCACACUGCAGACGCUCCGGAACCGUAGUCAGAGCCGGGGAGCGAAGACACAAUUAAAGGAUCAACUGUAGACCAGGAAAAUCUCUCAGCAAGUGCACCUCGACACGAUACACUGUAUACAGUUUCGUUUAGAAUUCACUAUCAACGCGACAGGAUGCUAGGGGCGUGGAUUGGGAUUCCGACCGCUCUGCUGACGGUGUGGAUGACAUUGCCGGGUACGAAUGCAAUAUAUCUUCCCUCAAACGUGUCAAAGUCGUCAUCCGCCGACUCUCCAGGGCCUUGGAGCGAAAUUUUGGAAGACUGGGUUCUUAGUGGUGGAGCUUCUUCUCGCAUGUCAAGGGUAAUGAAGAUCGGUGACAACGCUUUGACUGUCUCGCCGACUGGGAAUUCGCCGAACAAGCGGGAUGUUUCCGAAACGGAUCUGUACCUUCUGGGAGCGAUAGAGAAACUCGUCUACAGGGUGGAUUACAUGGAAAAACGAUUAAGAAGGGCAGAGGAGCUGCUCUACUAUGUGGUUUCAGGAAACAAUCAGGCUAAAGAUCCGUGCCCGAAUAACUACACGCGGGUGGGCAAGAACUGCUACCACUUCAGCGCUCGCGAGUUCGACUGGAAGUCGUCGGCGAGCAUGUGCAGAGGUUUCGGUGGCAAUCUAGCGGAAUUGGAGUCCGUGGAGGAGAACCAGGACCUGAUAGCCCACCUGCAGACGGCCAAAAAGGUCAGGGGUAAGAGCUUCUGGACUGGGGGAUUGAAUCCUGGUCUCCUGUGGAUAUGGGCUGGAAGUGCAAGACCUGUGCACCAGGAUACUAAGCAAAACGUGACCGGCGACGGGAGAUGUCUUAAGCUCGAGUACAACCCGGCCUCGAGGAUAUAUUCGUACAAAGGAGACGAUUGCGGGGCAAGGCACAGAUACGUUUGCGAGUUUUCCACGGAUGAUGAGUCCGCGAACAAACUCGAGAGGACGGCACGCGAAUUGACGGUGCGUCGUCGGGAUGCAGUUUAAAUUUAUGAUAUGCUUACAUCUUUUUUAGCGACGCUCGAAAACCGACCCAAGUCUAGGGUACAGUCACUACCGCAAGGUGAUAUGUAUAUUUAUUAUUUUAGUAUUUAUUAUCGUUAUAUAGUACAUAUUUUGCCUUGCCCGUAGCAUAUGAUAUAACAAACGGAGAUACGCUCCAUUGUACAUACGUAAAUAGAUACAUACAUAUGUAUGUAUGCUAUGAUUGAUUAAAGACUUGCAUGUGUACCGUUACAUAAUCCUUAGUAAGUACGUAAUUAAGUAAGUAAGUAAGUUGUAAUACCUAUGCAUUAUUUGCGGAGAUGAGGAAUAAAAAUAAAUUAAGUUUCAUCAAACGACACAGUUCUCCACGUGCAUGUCGUACUUUGUGCAACCCUAUAACUGCAAUCACGGCGUAAAACGCUUGUUGCAGUGAUAGA